AUGCUCUACGACCUGAAUCUCGCAUGGUCACCCUCGACCAGUGCCGCAGAGCUCACGCGGACCUUGAAGUUCAGCGCCAACCUUGGCUACAAUGUCGUCGCCCUCAACCACACCCUCAGCCUCCCCGUGCCGGGCCAGAUCACGAAUCCAAUCCCCAAGUUCGACAAGAAAGCAUCUGCUUCGAGUCUCCCCGAGGACGAUAGACUCCCUACCGUGCUCACUCGUUGCACCGUACCAGUGUCAGACACUUCCGUUGGUCACCAUGUGCCCCGGCUCGUCAAUGCCUAUGACAUUGUGGCGCUCCGGCCAACGACAGACAAGGGCUUCCAGGCUGCAUGCCAGAACAUCGACAAUGCCCACAUCAUCUCCCUCGACCUGACGCAGUUUCUCAACUACCACUUCAAGCCCACCUCCGUCAUGGCCGCCGUCCGCCGCGGCAUGCGCUUCGAAAUCUGCUACGCCCAGGCCCUGUCUGCCGACGCCCGGGGCCGCGCCACCUUUAUUGGAAAUGUGAUGCAGCUCGUACGCGCCACUCGGGGUCGAGGCAUCGUCAUCAGCAGCGAGGCUCGCAGCGCCAUGGAGGUCCGGGCCCCCGCCGACGUGGUCAAUCUGCUGGCGGUCUGGGGCCUAGCCACCGAGAAGGCUGCCGAGGGUCAAAGUGUCAACCCUCGCGGUGUCGUGGUCAAUGAGGGCAUUCGGAGGAACGGCUUCAGGGGCGUUGUGGAGAUUGUCCAGGUCGCCGACAAGCCAAAGAAGAACACGGCCAAUGACAACAAUGGCGGUAAGAUGGAGGGGGUUGAGCACCACGCCGCGGCCGCUGCUCCGAAGGCAGAGAAGAAUGGUGGCCAGAAGCGGAAAGGUCCUGACGGUCAAGAACAGACAGGUGCUCCCUUGAGUAAGCGGCAGGCGAAAAAGAACAAAAAGCUCGCCUUGCUCGAAGGCAACCCUGCGGAUCAGAAGGCAUAG